AUGUGGUGGUGGACAAAUUUUUUAAUCAAUAAAUCAUAUUUAUUAAUAUUUGUUCUUAUCAUUCGACGAACAAUUGGAUCUUUACAUUAUUCAAAUAUUCAUCUUCAAAAUUGGACAAAUCCAUGUGAACCAAAUCCAUGUCGAGCUGGUACAUGUGAACUUGUUUCGAAAUUAACUUUUAGUUGUCAUUGUAUUCCUUAUGUUCAUGGUUCAUUGUGUGAAAAAUUAAAUUAUGCUCAAAAAUCAUGUGAAAGUAAUCCAUGUUAUAAUCAAGGUUUAUGUUCACCAAUAUCAUCAAAAGGAUCUUCAUUAUUUUUAUCAUCAAAUAAUAAUUUUAUGUGUCUUUGUUCAUCAAGACAUGCUGGAAAACUUUGUCAAGAAAAUGUCGGAGAAUGUUCUUGUUUAAAUGGAGGAAUUUGUUAUAAUAUAUCAAAUGAUGGAUAUAAAUGUUCUUGUCCAAUAAUGUUUACUGGACCAUUUUGUGAACAUGAUUUACGCAAUACAACAUUUUGUAGUCAUUCUCCAUGUCAACAUAAUGGUACAUGCAUUUUAGUUCAAUCACCAGCUGGAAUUUGUCUAUGUCAACCUGGUUAUAUUGGAGAAUUCUGUGAAAAACGUAUUCCAUUUUGUCAAGAAAAUCCAUGUAGAAAUAAUGGAACAUGUGUACCAUUAUCUGGUGUUGAUGGUCAAUGUCUUUGUCAACCAUCUUUUUCAGGUCGUUUAUGUGAAUAUCCUCAAAGAACAUUUUGUUCAAUUGAUCCUUGUAGAAAUGGUUCAACUUGUAUUGUAUUAAAUCAUACAGGUGAUGGAUUUUGUUUAUGUCCACCUGAUUAUGCUGGUCCUUAUUGUGAAUAUAUAACACCAACAGCUUGUAAAAAAAAUUGUCAUCAUAAUGGAGGAAAAUGUGCUUUAAUUGACAAUAAAUAUGGAAGAUGUUUAUGUCCAAAAGAUGUUACUGGAUCUUAUUGUGAUACACCACUUCAUCCAUGUGCACCAAAUCCAUGUGAGAAUAAUGGAAUAUGUGUUCAUGAAACAGUUAGUCAAACAUAUAAAUGUUUAUGUACAUAUGGUUAUUCAGGUUUAAAUUGUUCAGAAAAUUUAAAUAAAUCAUUUUGUUCAUUACAUCCAUGUAUGAAUAAUGGAACAUGUCUUCAAUCUCCAACAAGUCCUGAUGGUAUAUGUAGAUGUGAACAAGGUUUUGGUGGAAAAUAUUGUGAUGAAAUAGUUAAAUGUGGUGAACAACAAUGUCAAUAUCCUGAACAAGUUUGUUUAGCUGAUAGUUGUGUUAAUGUAACAGGAGAACUUUAUUGUCUUUUACAUGAAUGUCAACAUGGUGGAACAUGUGAUAUAAUAACACGACAAUGUUUAUGUGAAAAAGGUUUUGGUGGACUUAAAUGUGAAUUAAAAAGUUUAUUUUGUGAUGAAACAAAAAAUGUUUGUCAAAAUAAUGGAACAUGUCUUGCUACACAAAGUCGUUGUCUUUGUACAAAUUAUUUUACAGGAAAAUAUUGUGAAAUUUAUCUUCAAUUUAAAAAACAUUGA